GACCUACGCCGUUAAAGUCCUAUUAAAUUCCUUUUUAUCUUUCUACUUUCUCUCUCCUCUCUCUUGCGCUGCUUUCUCUCUCCUCUUUUUUGCAGUUUAGGGUGGAUAAUUCUUAGCGCCGGAACUUUCAUCAUCAAAUUCAUCGAUUUUUGGUAAUGCUAAGUAGAUAAUCCACAAGUACAUCUGUCAAGUGGCUGGGAUAUUCCAAUGGGACGACAGUAAGAUUGGUAGCAAUUGUGAAAUAUAUCUGUCCAUAUUGUAUGAAAGUUAGCAUCAUCUCUGUGUAAUAUAGGUACUAUAUCUUUUUUUAAAGGUUUUUUUUCAUAAUAAAUGGAAUCCAGUUCAGUUGCUCUCAGGGUUGAUCACUUGUAUAUUAUGGCACCUGUGCCGCGCUCUUGAUCUGUACAUACGAGUCAAAACUGUUUGGCCUUGUUCUAGGUGAAUUUUUGGAUUUAGGUUUGUUUACAGGGAUUGAUCCACUAUAUACCAAUGGAAGGAAAAUACGCAAAGGUAUUGGAUAGUAGUCGUAGAGUUGUUGUUGACUUGAAGAGGAAGAGAGCUGCUAAGUUUGCUACGAAUGUGGCGCGUAAUGUCAUUCCCCUCUCUACUUUGAAGUCAUCUAAGCUUGGCAAGCGAAAGAAACCUGAUGUCUGCAAGGCCAAGUGCAGGAGCUGUAAACUUGGUUCUCGUAGAUCCUUGGUUCGUUACUACGCAAAUUUUAUGAAAAGUGGGCUGCCCAAACGUUUGAUGUUUUUCCAGAAUGGAGAAUGGGUUGAUCAUGAUUCCGAAGUUGUUGGCUUGGUUAAAAAAGAUUUUGAGUUUAAAAAGGGUGCUGUUGAAUUGAAAUUCAAGAGUUACCAUCUUCUGCUUGAUUUUGUGCAUAUGGUGCAACUCAAUUUGAAAACUUCUUUGGAACAGUCCAUUGCAUGGAUUGAUGAAAAUGGAUGCUGUUUCUUUCCGGAAGUUUAUGUUGAUGUCAAUGAUCAGCAUGGGCUUUUCCAACCAGAGAUUCAGAGAGAUGGGAUAAAUGACACUCAAGAGAUAAAGCUGCAGAUUGAAAUUGAAGUAAAUGGGGUUGGUGACUCACAAUUUAUUGAACAUUGCGGUGAAUCAAGUCCUGUUGUGAAACGUUUAAAAGUUGGUCAGAAUGCUGAAAUUGAGGAUAGCUGCAAUAAGGUGUCUGAUGUGAGGAUGAAUGAAGAUGUUGGAGAAAAUCAACAUCUUGAGAAUAAUUUGGAUGCUGAGGUUGAUAAAGUGAAAUUUGAUUUGAAUUCUGAUGCUGUGAAAGAAAUGUUUCUAAAGGGCAUGGAUUCUGCUGGUAGUACAAAUGUUGUAGGAAUUUGUCCCAACUCAGCUGCUAUGUGCCAAGGUCGGUUGGAGCUUUUCUUGAAGCAGGUUGAGAUAACGAAAAAAUACCGUGGUAAUCCUAAUGUUUGCUAUGCAUGGCUUGCAUCUACCAAAGAAGCAUCUUCUGGAAUUAUGACUUACGGACUAGGGCAUUUGGGCUUUCAGCAAACCAAGUCCAUAUAUGGCAUUGGUGUUCAUCUCACAGCUGAAAACUGUGCUGGUGCCAGUGUAAAUUAUUGUGAUAUUGACGAAAAUGGAGUGCAACAUAUGGUUCUUUGUCGUGUCAUCAUGGGAAAUAUGGAGAUAGUUCAUCCCGGAUCCAAGCAAUUCCACCCUAGUAGCGAGAGCUUUGACAGUGGAGUUGAUGAUCCUGAAAAUCCACGACAUUAUAUAGUGUGGAGCAUGAAUAUCAAUACUCAUAUAUACCCUGAGUAUGUUGUUAGUUUCAAGGUCCCUGCUAAUGAUGAAGGUCAAAUUUUGAAGAAUGAUGGCAACCUUGAUAUUGUAACUGUCAAGACCGGUCAUCAAAGCCUUAUGAAACAGUGCAAAAUGGAGACUGUAGCUGACAUUGCAAAUGAUCAUGUGUCGAAUUUGACAAGUGAUGGAAGUAAAGAAAGAAGUGCAAGUGUGAGUUCAUUUCCAAAAUCCCCUUGGAUGCCGUUUCCGAUGUUAUUUGAAGCAAUUUCAAAGCAAGUUCCGCGAAAUAAAAUGAAGUUGUUGCUUGCAUAUUAUGAGCUAUUCAGGAACAAGAUAAUUUGUCGAGAGGAUUUUGUAAAGGAGUUGCGCCUAAUUGUUGGAGAUACGUUGUUGAGGUCUACGAUAAACGAACUCAGCUUCAAGGCGCCCCCAACCAAUGACAAUGUGAUGGCAGUGACAAACCAAGAAGUAGGAAGUUAAAAGGUAGCUUGUUUAGUGGCCCUAGUCCAAGUUCUAUAAAUAUGUGGUACUUCGGCAAGGUGGCAAUGCGUCGACAUGAAGUUUGUGUAUAUGAAUACUUGUUCUGGGUCGUCAAGUUUUCAGGUUUAUUUAGCUUGCUUUGUGGAAUUUUUUUUUUUUUUUUUUUUUUUUUUUUUUUUUUUUUUUUUUGUAGUUUGUAGUUGAACAUAUUUCAUAAGUCAUACUUAAACUCUGGUUUGGAGUUAACCCUAUGGAACAAGUGAGGGAUCUGUGUUUUGUUUGAAAUAAUAUGAUUUACAUUUCUGGAGAUCA